GCGUGCGAAAGUGACAACUCCGUGUGGUCUGCUCCGAUCUACUUUAGGGAAACGUCGAGGGACAUUCACGUUCGCCGAAAGAGUCCCUUUGCAGAUAGUGAUUUUAUCAACUCUACCACACAUCCUACAUCGCCAAAAUCAGUUGACAACACAGGCAUCACCACGUUUCACGUGGUGACAACAUUAAAAUACGGAGAUACGUAUAACUCGCAAAAUCGCGAAUCACAAGCGCACCACGGGCGAGGAAAAACUAGAUAGUGCUAAAUACGGAUCAGGUCGUACGAACUCAAAAAAAGAUAACCUUUGAUUGUGAUGUGGAGGAGCCCCCCGGCGGGCCGAGGGAGCAGGAGGUCAGAGGCACAUCGGUCGUGAAGGCAACAAGCACGGCUCGGCGAAAGUCCCGGGGCGAAAUAGGGGCUGGAGGUAGGGCGGAGGAGGAGGUAAGAUGGUGUGACCUCCGGCGUCAUCCCGCCCGACGCGGAGGUGGUGCUGGAGGUGGCGGAGUCGAGCAGCUGCUCGACUCAGAGGAGGAAGAGCCAACGGCGAUGUCGAGGCAGCUUCGUGGGGACCGGGACCACGUGAGCCGCGACUACCAAGAGGGUUACCACAAUGGUUUUCGGGACUUGCGCGAUCUCCGAGAUUUCAGGGACUUCCAUCGAGACACCCUCGACGAAAGGAACGGUCAGGGACCCGCCGCUCGAACAUAUCGGGACGACUAUCCGGAAGAAUAUGACCAUCGUCCUACCGCUGCAUCCACCUCGGCGAAUCAUACCAACAAUCCGGUAAAAUUGAACGGACGAGUCACGCUGCAUGAGAGUCGCAAUGAUCUGCAAUUAGUGAAUCUGUGCGUACCUACAAGAUCGGCAAUCGUUUGCACUUAAUGGCAAAAUUCCUUGCCGAUGGAAUGCAUCACGAAGCUGAGAACGAUGCACACUAAACAAAAAGUAACACAAACAAACGAUCAGUCCGCCGCGAUGGCUUCGCCUUAAUUCGCCGGAAAGGAAAGAAUCGCCGCAAACGUGAAUCGCAACAAUGGCAUUAACGAACCUCUAAAAUGUCCGAAAAAGACAACGUUGAUUCAGAUUGAAAAUUUAUUGCAGCACUGAAUAUUUUGCAUCAAUUAAAAUGUAGACUGCAUUGAUAACAUAGAUAAUAUUUAGAUUGAAUCCUACAUCAAAUGAUUACUUCUCAACAAACUUAAGCAUAAUUUUUAUAUAAUAUGUACAUAUCGUACGCCUGUGUUACAUUAUGUAUAUGGCAGCUAUAGUCGGUAUUUAUUGGAUUACUAUCUUGUUUUGAUAAAAAUGGAUACAGAAAAAUUAAUGAAAUAUAUACAUAAAUAAUAUUGUAUAUUACAAUUUU